UUGUUAUAGUAAAUAUAAUUAAUGAGUAGUUCAGAACAGGGAUGUCUCUAGUUUUUUUUACCUGAAACCCGAUACUUUUUUCGACCCGGAACCCGGCCCGGAGAAAAUUUUGAAAACCCAAACUGACUUUUUUCUCUAUCUAUGACAUCCCUGCUUCGGACUGGAGCUAGAAUACAAAGUUUAUUUUUGAAAUUGUAUGGUUACAAAAUAUUUAAAUAAGGCUUACGAAUAAAAUUUAAACGUAUGCCAAGAAUUUUUAAAAUAGUAUAUAAAGGCUGCAUAUUUUAUACUGUUUUUAUUCAAGCUUUAAUUUUUUAUUAGUUUCAGCCUUUUAAAAAUGUUUUAUCAUCUUACGAGUGUUGUCCAUUUUGAUGUUUUCAAAUAUCUCAACUUUAAUCAAUUAUUUUCUGUUAAACAAGUCAAUCGCUACUUUCUUUCGUUCAUUGAACGUUAUGAGGGGGGAUUGGCUCGCAAAUUUUUUGGUUAUAUGAGACCGGUAAUUUUUUUAAAUUAUUUUAAACACAUUCUUUUCUUUAGGUCGAACUCGAAGGUUUUUAUAUGCAUCUAA